AUGCCGGGCGGAAACCUUGCAGAUUACUUGGCGAAGAACUACCUCACAGCCGCCAAAUCACCAUCUGCGCCCAAGUCGGACACCGUCUCAUCUGACUUCCAAGAUUCGACUCGGCCAAAGAAGAAGCGGCGGAAGAACAAGGAUGACUUUGCUGGGAGUGGAUUGGUGAUCGCCGACGAUGAUGAAGACCUGUCGCUUCGGAGCAACGCUUCACGGGGAAGGCGCGAGGAAGAGGAUGAGGAUGGAGAGACACCCAUAUUCGAGGCAGGCUUAAAAUCCGCAGAGUUCAGAAAAAAGAAAGGCGGGGGCACUUGGAAAGUUGUCGCAACUGCAACCUCAACAGUUACCCAGACAUCAAAUAAUAGAGAGGAGGAAAAAGAAGCGGACCGCAUUCUGGCUGAGGCGGCGGAAGAAUCGCGACGGCGCCGUCAGGAAAUCGAAGACGAAGAUGCUCCCGCGAUCGUUGAAGAAAAAGAUAGUGGACCGCGCAUGCAGUCUGGCGCCCGUGCGGGCCUUCAGACUGCUGCAGACACCGCCGCCCUCGUCGCGCAGGAAGAGCGUGAGAAGCAAAGAGAAUUUGAAUCGCAAAGAUCGACUAAGGCAAAAAAGCACAAGGAUGGGCCAGUGGAGGUGGAGGAGACCAUCUACCGUGAUGCUACCGGCCGGCGCAUUGACAUCAGCCUAAAGCGAGCAGAAGCCCGAGCCGCUGCAGAAGAAAAGGUGCGAGCUGAAAGGAAGGCAAAAGAGGACGCAAUGGGUGACGUGCAGCGACGUGAGCGGGAGCAACGCAGGAAAGAAUUGGAGGACGCAAAGUUCUUGACUCUGGCCAGAGGCGUGGAUGAUGAAGAGAUGAAUGACGAGCUACGUGCGAAAGUCAGGUGGGACGACCCAAUGGCGGGGUACAUAGCACAACAGAAGGCAGAGGAGGGAGCAGCAGACAGCGCAAAGUCUGCAGGAAAGUCCAAGGGAAGUUCAGGUGGAAGAGUGGCGGCGAAAAGAAAGGUUUAUACCGGCCCCCCAGCCGCUCCGAAUCGCUACGGAAUCCUCCCUGGCUGGCGGUGGGACGGGGUCGAUCGCAGUAACGGCUUUGAGAAAGAAUGGUUCCAAGCACGUUCGAAGAGGGGGAGAGAGGAGGAACUGAGAUAUCAGUGGCAGAUGGAUGAAUGA